AUGUCCGCAUCGUCCUCUGCCAAAGAUCCUCGACGCCGUCAGUACAGAUCCUGCGAUCGAUGUCGUGUAGGCAAACGUGCCUGCAAUGCUGAGUACGAGUCGGUAGCAGAAGCGAUCCAGAGCAAGGUAGCUUGUUCGAAUUGUCGCAAGAAGGGCAAGACGUGCACAUUCCAGCAUGUGCUGUCCAUUCUCGGUGGUGUACCCAGCUCUUCUGCGCCGACCGGUCACCUUGGUGACCCAGCUACCUCGCCAUCCUCACGCGCCAAUGAGAAGAGCGACGCAGCUGUGGAGGCUCAUCUGCAGUCGCAGCCUGCAUCACCAGCCUUCACAGCUGAGAAUCUAAAUGUAGUGACCGAAAGCUCGUCGCCAAAUGGCUCGAAGCGGAAGCGAGGGGAGGCAAGGACCGGCCCAGUGGCAGCAACAGCGUUGCACAACCUGCUUGCCAUCGCUCCCUCUUCAUCCACCAACCGUAUGACGAGCACCAUCGACCGCAUCUUUCUCAACGACGGACUCAUCCGCGUCUAUGAAGGCGCUGCCGAGCAGGCUCUCAAAUGCUGGAUCACCUCGUCCAACACACCGUACAUGCUUGCCGACCAAAGUUGCGCCGACGCAGCAUCAUCCAGUCAGCAGCUGGUCUACUGGCGCAUCUGCGAGCUGGAUCGUGGUGCACGCACGCUUCUCGGCCAUUCGACCGCAGCAGCCGCCAGCCGGGAGAAGGACAUCAUGGAUGCGUUCCACUCUGUCGUCCUCGCAUUCGCGGCUCAAUGGACACCCAGCUGGAUCGGCGGCUUGGCAAACCGUACACCUCACGGUCUGUCUCUGGGCAAGAUAUCGGAGAACAAAAUCAGACUCGCCCUCUGGGAGCGCGCACGAGACAAGCUGCAAAGAGUUGCCAACGUCGACUCGUUCCGCGUUAUCUUUGCGCUCAUCCUCUUUGCCUGGACCGAAAAGCCGCGCCAGGUGCUCGAGCGUGUUGCAAACCAGGCGGAUAUCGACCUCAAUGGCGACAACUGUGCUCUUGACACGAGCGAUUGGCAGAGUCCUGCGGAAGGGAGCACGUUUUUGCUCGUGGCGGCGAUGCGCAAGUUGCUUAGUAUCAAGUUUCGGAUCGAGAGCAAGAAGCGCAGAGGGGUCAGUCCGUGGAAUGGUCCCAAUCAGAAAGCGAAGGGGGUAUCCUUAGCUCGAUCAGAGGCGCAGUGCAGUAGUAGUGGGGAUGCUGGCGAACGAGAGACAAUGGCUGGUAAGAUCCAGUUCGAGCUCGAAAGCAAGCGGCCUGGCCCUACCGCUGGCGGCAGUGCAGGGGCUGGCAACACGGCAGCAGAUGCGGUGGUGACCUCGCGAAUGGAAGGCACCUACCACAUGCUCUAUUGGCUCUGCGUAGUCAUCGACACGGAAACGAGCGUCCUGCGCAAACAUCCUCCGGUCGUAUGCGACGAAGACAGCGAGAUCAUCUCGUGCAUCCCCUUCACCUCUCCUUCGUCGGACACACAUCUCGACAGCCCCUCGACGGCACACAAAGGAAUCUGGGACGACUACAUCAUCAACACAUCCAAACGCAAGCACCUUUCCGACUCGUUUGUCACGUCCUGGCCGAGCGACACAACCAAAACUGCAGCAACGUUGGCCUUCUCGACGCCCGUCAAAGUGGUCAUGUUCCGGCAAAUCAGCCGGCUGCAGAUGUCGUUCUGGCGACGCGCCUCGACGCAGUCGGUCGAACAACACAUCCGUAGCGGUCUCUCGAUCGUGUACCACUGGAAUCAGGUCUACGGACCACUCAUCGAUAGCUGUCGAGCCUCGCAUGCUCAACUGCCGGCGUCGAUCCAGUCGUGGUACGUGCUGCUUGCGUUUCCGUGGUACUUGGCCAUCCUGCUGUUUGUCGAGAUGGUGCAGACCAUCGACAUGGCUGGUGCGAGCGAUAUGCAGGCUCGGUCUGAACGCGCUAGGUCGGGCAUCUUCCCGAGACUGCGUGACCGAGCAUGUUCGGAUCUGGCCCUGCUGAUUUCAGCGAUCCAGGGUACGUCGUUCAGCCAUCUAGAUUCGACGUUCGAGUACGUCCGCAACUCGGGCAGCAAUCUGUUGCUCACCGAGCCGUGGUCCGAGAUCCUGGUGCACAGCAUCACCGCGGUGAUCAAAACCGAGAUCAGGCUGCACGAAGGCUACUGUUCCUCUUUUCAGUGGAGGGAGUUGGACGAGAGCCAUGAACGUAUUACGAAGUGCUUGUGGGCGUUGCAGCAGUUGUCUGAUCGCUCUCCGUCGGCUGCGAUGGCUCAUCAGCAGCUCGAGACGCUGUCAAGCUUUAGGAGGCAAGGUCAGUUUGCGUUGCAGCAGAUUCCAAUGGCCAGUCCGCCGUUGCAGUGGGAUAUGUCGAGUGCGGUGGCAGCAACGACGACCGGGCAAAACCUUGGCGCUGUCGCAGACACUAGUAUGGAUGGCGAUGAUUCGAGCCCCGAAAGUAGCUCUCAGAGCAAAGGCACCACUUCGAGCUCCGACAGUUGGAUGGAAGGCGCUGACCUUUCGACGUGGAAUGGCUCCGUUCUAGCUGAGGAUCAGGACUCAUUACAGUCGGCAUUGAACACGUACUUUGCAUCCAACGCCACUGCCCUGGCCCUUCCCAUUCAUAUCAACGGCACACCAUCAGCCGCUGCCGGUGGUGACGCUGACACACGGGAUCAGGUGCUGCCGGAGGCAGUCGAUCAGAGCGCGGAUCUAGGACACUUGCUGCAGAGCCUGGUCCGGGCGAAUGCGCCAUCGCAACCAAUGGCGCUGACCCCGCAACCGUUGUCCGGCUUGCCGGCUUGUUUGGAUAAAAAAGAGCAGCUCUCGAUCAUGGAGACGCUGGCAGAGCUGGCGGAUCGGCCGAUGCUGGAUCCGCAUUCGCUCAACUCGGGCUCCACGCCGUCGUCGUCGUCGUCGAGUAGCGGCUCGAUGGAGACGAUGUUUUCGUUUGACUCUCUCGCCGCUCUCGCUGCUGGCGAGAAUGGUGUGUACUCUACCGCGUGUGCAGCUGUCGAAGAGGAACCACCUUCUGCAACCUGCAGCCCCGACAGCAACUCCGAGCCUUCGAAUCGACCCGACCGUGAAGCUGCACCAAAGAAAGCCAAGCUCAGCCACCUAGCUCCAUCCUUCGCCAGCAAUUUGGCGCUUGAUCCUCCGCCACUCCAAUCCUCUGUCAACCCAAUCCCCUCGAUUUUGUCAUAUUCCACCACUGUCCCGUCACUCGCAGUUCAGUUCGCACCACAAGAACCACAGUACACCUCGAUGCUGCUCCAACCGCCCCCACUUCAGCACCGCCAGCACGACGAUCUCUACACGGACGAUGACGACGAUGAUCUCGUCAACUAUCGAGCUUCCACGCUACCCAGCUUAGGGGCCUCAUCUAUCAGCACCAGUGUUUGA